AUGACUUCACUUAUAAAGGAAGACCUGGCAAACAUGGCCAACAUUUUUAAUCUUUCAAAAACUAUUCCACCUCGCUUUGCAAGAGUACAUAAGAAUACCAACCGAGACCUAGUACAGCUGGAAAAACUCUUGGAUAAGAUUGGGGGAGCGAUGUUGACGAAGUUGAGGGCCUCAGCCCUAUCACUGGCAAAGGGGCUUGCCCAAUCAGCAGCGUCAAAUCGUAAAGUUGAAGGGAAGAGGUCUGCAGCGCCCGCUGAAUAUAUCAUCUUGGCUGAUAGCGAUGAAGACUUGCUUGAUGAAAGCCCGAAUGAUGAUGUCGCUGAAACCAGUGACAAAGAAACCGAGACUCGGCAUGAGUGUGUAUCUUGCACGGAAGAGUAUUCACUGUCGGAUAUUAUUCAAACCGAAUGUGCUCACAGUUAUUGCCACAAAUGUAUUGUGCGCAUUUUUGAAAAUUCCCUUACGACCGAAGCCUUGUUUCCUCCUCAAUGUUGCCGCCAGCCGAUUCGUGCCUCUACCGCUGUCGAGGAUAUGAUAGGCAUUGAGAUGAUGAAGAGAUACAAGGAACGAAAGAUCGAAGUCAGCGACUCUCGGAGAACUUACUGCUCAAACUCAACCUGUUCUCGCUAUAUCCCGCCACAGAAUAUCCGUCGCGGGCUGGGGAUCUGUGAGGUCUGUACGGCUCGAACGUGCACCGGUUGCAAAAAGCAGGGACACAGGGGUGAUUGUAACUACAAAAAUGCCAAAAAGCGCCGCCGUGUUUCUGGUGUCAAGAAGACCAACGCGAAGAAGACCAACGUGAAGAAGGCGAACGUGAAGAAGGCCAAUGAUGAGAAGGUCAAUGAUAAGAAGGUCCAUGAUGAGAAAGUGAAUGAUGAUUUGCUGGAAGCCCUAGCAAAGAAGAAGAAGUGGCAACGAUGUUCAAAUUGCUCUAGAAUCAUAGAGCGUGUGUCUGGUUGCCCGAGCAUAUUGUAG